AUGUCAUUAACCUUUGGCACGGUAAGAGACCCAUACCUUCGAGCGUCGCCUGUGAUUGCUAUAUAUAUAUACAUAUAUAUGGAUAGAGAUAUAAAGAUUACAUGGACGGGAUGGAUAAAAGAACUUGAACUUGCCAUAACAAGAAGAUAUCACAUUACGUUUCGGCACAUAUACCCAUUGUUAAGGAACACAUUUUUCAUGCUAAGAAGAACUUCGAGUAGCUUAUAUAGAUCCAAUAAAAUACUAUCAAGGGCAUAUUCAUAUUCACGCCUUUUAUCUGCACCCCCACGUACAAACUCAAAUCCAGUCGCUAACAUUCAUAAUGUAGGGUUUAGUGGUCUGGCCGUUCCAGAUAUAACCAAUGCCCACGUAUUACAAUCAAGGCCUGCUAUUGUCAGGCCCUUAAUCAGUAGAAACUAUGUUCAGAUUAGGAUGGAUCCAAAUGCCAAGCCAAGUCUUUCCAAGUAUGCGACCAAUCUAACUGAGUUGGCUAAACAGGGUAAACUUGAUCCCAUAGUUGGUAGGGAUGAAGAAAUUUCGAGGGCCAUUCAAAUUCUAUCUCGGAGAACUAAGAACAAUCCUUGUAUUAUAGGGAGGGCUGGUGUCGGUAAGAGCUCUCUUGUUGAAGGACUUGCUCAAAGGAUUGUGAGAGAAGAAGUUCCAGAUUCUUUGAAAGGCAAAUCGCUAUAUAAUUUAGAGCUUAGCUCACUGAUUGCCGGGGCCAAGUACAGAGGAGAGUUCGAAGAGAGACUGAAAGGUGUUCUAGAUGAUGUUGAUGAUCAGGUCAUCAUAUUUAUAGAUGAAGUACACAUGUUACUCGGUUUAGGAAGCAAUGGCGGUGCUGGAGGUGCCAUGGAUGCUUCGAAUAUCUUGAAACCAAGAUUGGCUAAAGGGCUUCGCUGCAUUUCAGCGACUACUUUAGAUGAAUAUAAAAUUAUUGAAAAAGACCCGGCCUUAGCAAGAAGAUUUCAGCCAAUUAUAUUAAAUGAACCAACUGUACCAGACACUAUUUCUAUCCUUCGGGGUCUGAAAGAGAGAUAUGAAGUGCAUCAUGGUGUGAGGAUCACAGAUGCAGCACUAGUCUCGGCGGCUGUUUUGUCUAACAGAUAUAUCAAUGACCGGUUCUUGCCAGACAAGGCCAUUGAUCUCGUUGAUGAAGCAUGUGCUGUCUUGAGAUUACAACAUGAAUCAAAGCCAGAUGCUAUUCAGAGAUUGGACCGUCAUGUAAUGAAAAUCCAGAUCGAACUAGAGUCAUUGAAAAAGGAAACAGAUGUUCUGUCUAUCGAGAGAAGAGAAGCAUUAGAAAAGGAGCUUGAUAGUAAAAAGCAAGAACUAAAUCGUUUAACAAAGAUCUGGGACGAAGAAAAAUUGGAAAUCGAGUCUAUUAAAAGUCAUAAAGCAGAUCUGGAAAAGGCUAAAAUUGAUCUGGAAAAGGCACAAAGAGGCGGCGAUUAUACAAGAGCCUCUGAAUUAAGGUAUUCGAGAAUUCCACAGCUGGAAAAGCAAAUUGAGGACAGUAAUAAAAAGGAUAAAUCAGAUACAUCUCAAAAUUUGUUACAUGAUUCUGUUACUUCCGAUGAUAUUUCAAAAGUGUUAGCUAGAAUGACUGGUAUUCCAACAGAAACUGUAAUGAAAGGUGACAAAGAUCGUUUACUAUAUAUGGAAGAUUCUAUCAAGAAAAGGGUUGUUGGGCAGGACGAGGCUAUCUCUGCAAUUUCUGAUGCAGUUAGAUUACAACGAGCUGGCUUAACAAGUGAGAAAAGGCCAAUAGCUAGUUUCAUGUUUCUAGGACCUACUGGUACGGGUAAAACAGAAUUGACAAAAGCUCUGGCCCAAUUUCUCUUCGAUAAUGAAUCUAAUGUCAUUAGAUUUGAUAUGUCUGAGUUUCAAGAAAAGCAUACAGUAUCUCGGUUGAUUGGUGCACCACCGGGUUACGUUUUGAGUGAGUCAGGUGGUCAACUGACAGAAGCUGUUAGAAGAAAACCAUACGCUGUUGUACUAUUCGAUGAGUUUGAGAAGGCACAUCCAGAUGUUUCUAAACUUCUCUUACAGGUUCUCGACGAAGGAAAAUUAACUGAUUCUUUAGGUCACCAGGUUGAUUUCCGUAAUACAAUCAUUGUAAUGACUUCUAAUAUUGGUCAAGAUAUUUUGUUGAGUGACAAGACCCUGUCAAAAAAUGACGAGAAUAGUGAUUCAGGCAAGAUAGACCCUGAGAUUAAGACCCAAGUUAUUGAAGAAAUGAAAAGGCAUUAUCCACCUGAAUUUAUCAAUCGUAUAGACGAUAUCUUAGUCUUUAACAGGCUAUCUAAAGAAGUUUUAAGAUCUAUUGUUAAGAUUAGAAUUGCAGAAAUCCAAGAAAGGCUUAAUGAAAAGAGAAUGAAGUUGGAAUUGACUCCUGACUCUGAGGCAUGGCUAACAGAGCAUGGGUACGACCAGUUUUAUGGUGCAAGACCUUUAAAUAGACUAAUACACAAAGAAAUUUUGAAUCCAAUGGCUACUUUCCUAUUAAAAGGGCAAAUUAGACCAAAAGAAACUGUACGGGUUAUUGUAAAUGAACAAAGCAAGUUAGUAGUUCAACCCAAUCAUAGCGAGGGUGAAGUGGUGGACAGAGAAGAGGAGAAAUGA